ACGUCACUAGUUAAACAGAAACACCGGUGCCUUCUAUGGCUGCAAGCUAUUACAGAUGUUGACUACCACUGUCCAUUUUAAAAGUGAAUAAAGUCCAACCUCUGAGUCUCUGUCCUGGUGUUUGAUGUUUUCCACCAGAUACAUGUUGAUACCUGCACACUAGCUAAAUUCUGGAAAGGCUGUGUGUUUAGGUACAGUUACCAUCUUUGCUGGUUAAUGCUCUUAUGUAGCUCGACAAGCUGUUUCACUCAGCCGUACUUCCAUUGCUGAACUGUGUGCGCACACUUAUAUAAGUCAUCAUUGUUUUCAAAAUGGAAGAAGGGUCCAAGUGCACUGUAUACAUGUGUAGCCUGGACCAAGCAGCAGACAGACACGGUGAGCUCAGUGGAGCAUUUAGCUAAAUAUGGAGAUGAAAUGUUGCUGUUGGUCUUAACUUCAUUGGUCUAAUGGCCUAACACACUUCUGUUUAUUUGUGUCUGCUGGAUGUGGAACAUGUUCACCAUAUCAACCUCACUGAUGUAGUUCCAGAUUGCCCUAUGUGGGCAGAGCAUCUAGUCGUGCAGCUUUAAGGAUGGCCACCUUAAUUUUGACUGCACAUUGAUGAAUUAAAUAAAGGAUGCUAAAAAUGACUACCAAGUAAUAUGGGUGGAAACUAUUCGAACACACACAUUAUACAAAAUGUUUUAUUUAUUUUCCACUGAAUGUGAAUAUAUAGAUUUUUUUGACCUGGGUUUCACUUAAGUUAGCGCGUGGGCGUGCAUGGCCACGCGCACCGUCUCGCGCUCCUUCGCCGUGUCUCUCUCCCCCGACACUCCGCAGACGGACGCGUCCACGCAGGGCUCGUGCAGCAGUCGCCCGCCUUACUACUUCCAAAGCCGCAUUCCAACAUGACUUAAGAAGCGAAACCCGGCUCUUACAGACAGCAGACGCUCGCAGCAUCCCGGCGGCACCGAUUUCCAACUUUUUCUGCCCACGUUCCCCUGCUCCUCUGAAAGCACUCCGCUGCUCUGUUCGUCAUCCGUUCCCGGGAGAUACAGCAGUUCCCCGAGGGGGGAAAAGGAGGCUGCUCGUUUUUUGUUUACUUCGGCGAUCCGCAUGGAUGAGGCAGCGGUAGAGGGGAGGUCUCUGCCGGGUAUCCAACUCCGGAAUCGGCCGACGAAAGUGAUGCCGAACCUGAGGAAGGUCAAAGCGAGACGGAAGAAACGAAAGGAGUUGGUUUUAAUCCAGAUAUGCUUGUUCUGCGGCUUGCUUCUGGUCGUGAAGGGGUUUUCCUACUUUGCGGGAAAUUCAGGUUUUCAUGUCUCCAGCCACAGCAGCGACCAGGAGAGAUGGGGAGGGAGGAGGAGGCUACUGCAGGAAACGGACAACAGCAGCCUAGAGGACAUGGAGAAGGAAGAAUCUAAGAACUGUACUCCUCCAGCUCUGCACGAGUUCCCCACCGACCUGUUCACCAACAAAGAGAGAACAGAAGGAGCCGUGGCCCUGCAUGUCCUGUGUACAAUCUACAUGUUCUGUGCCCUGGCCCUCGUCUGUGAUGACUACUUCGUCCCCUCGCUGGACAAGUUGUGUGAGCGUCUCCAACUCAGCGAGGACGUAGCAGGUGCUACCUUCAUGGCCGCUGGCAGCUCGGCUCCUGAGCUCUUCACAUCCAUCAUAGGGGUGUUCAUAACCAAAGGUGACGUGGGUGUUGGGACCAUCGUGGGUUCAGCUGUCUUCAACAUCCUCUGCAUCAUCGGUGUGUGUGGCUUCUUUGCCGGCCAGGCAGUGAAGCUCUCUCACUGGGCUCUACUCCGAGAUUCUACGUUUUACACCUUUUCUAUCACGGCCCUCAUUGUGUUCAUCUACGAUGAGAAGGUGUGCUGGUGGGAGUCUCUUGUCCUGAUUCUCAUGUAUGCAGUCUACAUCCUCAUGAUGAAGUUCAACAACAGGGCACAUCGCUACUUUGACCGUCGAAACAGGAGCUCUGUGAAUCUGUCCAACGGGCUGACAGGCAGCACUGAUCUGGAGGAUAACGUCACGUGUGAUGCUACUGCAGUCCUGCUCACGAAAGCUACCUUCCACUGUAAGCCGUCUGUGUUGAUGGUGGACGAGCUGCUGUAUGCGUACCCCCACCAGCUGUCCUUCUGCGAGGCCGGCAUGAGGAUCAUGAUCACCAGUCAUUUCUCCCCCAGAACCCGCCUCACCAUGGCCUCUCGCAUGCUUAUCAACGAGAGACAAAGACUGGUCAACACCACUGAGACUCGAGUCAACCGCAUCACUAACGGCGACCCUGACUCCGCCGCCAAGGCUCAGGGGAGGCGGGGCUUAGAGAACGGGAUGGGCGGAGCUGAGCAGGGUCUGAACGGGAGGUUUAGACUUCAGCGGCUGGAGUCUGGGAACGAGACGGAGAACGAAAAUGAGGAUAAUGAGAACAACGAGAAUGACGAGGAUGGAGAGGGAGAGGAUGACGAUAACGGCCCCCUGGUGCCUUUCAAAGUUCCAGCCGGGGCCUGUAACAAGCUGAAGUGGCUUACAAUGUGGCCGCUGUCCCUGCUUCUGUUCCUCACCGUGCCCAACUGUGCCAAGCGGCGCUGGGAGAGAUGGUUCAUGGUCUCCUUCUUCACCGCCACCAUGUGGAUCGCUGGCCUCUCUUACAUCAUGGUCUGGAUGGUGACUGUGAUCGGCUUCACUCUUGGCAUUCCAGACGUCAUCAUGGGCAUCACCUUCCUAGCAGCAGGCACCAGCGUCCCAGACUGCAUGGCUAGUGUUAUAGUCGCACGGCAAGGUCUGGGAGACAUGGCCAUCUCCAACUCCAUAGGCAGUAAUGUGUUUGACAUCCUGGUGGGCCUGGGCCUGCCCUGGACUCUGCAAACACUCUGCAUCGACUACGGCUCCAAUAUCCAUCUCAACAGCAAAGGACUCAUAUUCUCGGUUGGACUCCUGCUUGCCUCAGUAUUCGUCACAGUUCUCGGUGUCCAUCUGAACAAAUGGACUCUGGACUGGCGACUGGGCUUGGCCUGCCUUGUCCUGUACGCCAUCUUUCUGUGCUUCUCCAUCCUCAUCGAGUUCAACGUCUUCAUCUUCGUCAACCUCCCUAUGUGCCGAGACAUCCACUGAUCUCCCAUCCUGCCCCUCUUCUGCGUCUUCUUCUUCUCCCUCCGGUUGAUGGAGGAAACCUCACCUGGCUUCCAGUUUCUCUGCGCCUUGAAAACAAGUCCUACCUUUUUUUUAUUUUCAAAUAGAAAAAUAGAGCUCUGUAUGAUUUAUCUUUGGUGCAAUACACCACAAUUGUAGUUAGUUUGUUGGGAGGCGUGAAGAGAGAGUCCCAGCAGCAGAGAUGGCUUCCAAUCAUCUCAUGAACCCAAAGGUUGUCUGGACUGAACUUCACCGUAUCGACUCCAACAGCUAUGCUGCUGCUGGUGAAGACGCUGCUACUGACUGGAGGAAAGAGAGAAAUCCUGCGCUAACUAACAUUUUUAGCUGGAUUAUUUGUUACUCUUUGUAAAAAGUUUGGAUAUAAGCACACCAUUUAGGUAUUUUGAAUGAAAAAUUCUCUGUAUAUAUGUAUAUAAAUCUAUAUAUAAUAUUAGCUGAUACAUGGGAUUCUCUUAUGCACCACUGCAUCAGGCUUGCCGAGCCCAGUGAUCCGUUGACAUUAUUAUAUAUUCUACUGUAGUGAUCUGGUCCAGAUGUCUCCCAUGCUCAGCACCACCUACACAGCAUGCCGUACUAACAAGUCAACUGUAGCUUUGCACUGACCGACAGAGUCUAGAUGUUUAACACACUGUUCACAUAGACUGGCACAUCCCAACACAUGUGGGCGUCAUUCUUCUCAAGUACAAUAAUACUGAAUAAAAGACACACAGCAAAGGGAUCUGGAGCUGACAUCCAGCACUGUCACUUUAGAAAUAUUAUAUAAAGCCUCUACAGGUACUCUCAACAUAGAACUACUGAAUUUAAAGUUCCCUCUAGACAGUAGAUGUCAUGUUCAUAAUAAAGAAUCCGUUUUGAGUGUAAUAAUUGUUACUUCUUAAAGCCAAAAGUAUUUUUAGAAUAGGAGUAAAAAUCUUAGAUUUGGACUUAAGUGUGUGUGUGUGUGUGUGUGUGUGUGUGUGUGUGUGUGUGUGUGUGUGUGUGUGUGUGUGUGUCACAGUCUCGAGGGGGAGCCAAGACACGACUGUUACUGGGAAGACAUAAUCAUGAUUUAUUUAUGAAUUAAUUUAUUCAAAGAUCAUGUCUAACCAGCAGUUUCAGCCCUUUGGACGGGCACGGUGUAUUUACUGGAACGUACAAUUUACUCUACCUUAAUAUAUAAUCCAAGUACUGGAAACUGACUUGAUGUUUAUAUUUAAGAUUAGUACUUUAUAAUUUGUAAGUUUUGUAUAGUUUGGAAAGAUGUUGCAGCAUUUGUAUAUUAGUAUAAACACAUUGUGUGUGUGGGGGGGGGGGGGGGGGUCUGAUUCAAUGAGACGCACUAGAAAUGCCAUGUUUAUCACGGUGCGUUGAACUAGUGAUGAAGAGUGGUGGAUAGGGAGGCUGAUACUGAACAUGGUUUCUUAAACACAGUGGUUGUGUCGUUGUGAUGACGAUGUUGGGGGGUUGAUGUAGAGUGAUUUCUUAAAAACAGUGUUUUAACUCUUGUGCCAUCCCGUCUCUUUGAGGCUUGAACACCUCCUGCUUGUCUUUGAGCCAAAAAUAACACCACCUUUGUCAACAGUAUUGCCACUCUGUUUCAGCAUGUGUUCAAACUAAAUGUGGAAGUUAUGUAUUUUCACUUUUACCUUGAAGGAUUCUUAUUGAGAAUUCUCAUAUCAAAUGGAGUCGCUGCUUAAUUAAAAGCCUCCUCUGUAGGUGUUGAUGCUCCUCCUGCGGCCACUAGAGAGCGCCGCUGAGCUGUGUGGCUCAUUUACGCACUCAGUAGUAGGGGGUGUGGGAAUAUUUCCAGGUAGGCUACAUAGAGAUACAUACCGGUCGGUUUGCAUGCCUCUUUCAUAAUUCAGAUUAUUUUGUGUGUAGUUUUAAUGCAUUUCCAAGAUCAACUUCCUGCUAUUAGAAACAUAGAUGUUGGAAUAACUCA